UGCAGAAUGCAUGGUUAAUGAGGCUAAUCAGAUCAAAGUUCUAACGAAAGAAGAAGACUGAGGGGAAUAGAAGAUAUAAUUACAUUUAGGAUCAAAGUGAACGUCUUGAUAAUGGCAAGUUCAAAUGUCAAAACAUUUGUUUCUGAGAAGGAGCUGUCUGAGCAGCGACAACGUCGACAAGAAGAGUGGGAUAAAGUUCGUACUGCAGACCAACCAGAAGAAUGUCCAGAAGAGGAGUAUGACCCUCGCUCACUUUUUGAAAAACUCCAAGAGCAGAAAGACAAGAAGCAGUCAGAAUAUGAAGAGCAGUUCAAAUUUAAAAACAUGAUAAGGGGAGUUGAUGAUGAGGAGUCCAAAUUCUUGAAUGAAGUUGCUGAAAGACAAAUGAAGGUUCAGGCUCAGAGAAUGUCAGAAGAGAAGCAAAUCAUCAAUGAAUACAAGGAAUUAGUCGUGAACAGUACAGUACCAGUGACAAGCAGAGAGGCGUCCCAGUCAGGUGAAAGGAAAGUACAGACAGGAAACAAGAGAAGUCAAGCAAGUCUCUUAGCUGGUGCAGUCAAGAGAAAGAGGCCACCUUCUACAGAUGAGUCCAAAUCCCCUGAAGGCCCUGGAGCCACAAGCUCAAAGAAUAAUGGAUCCUCUAAAGCAACAGGAACUUCGUCAUCUGACGACAGCUCUAAUGAUCAAAGUUCAAAGGACAGUACUGGUGAAGUUCAAGGAGUGCAGUGUAUUGCAGUUCUUCCAGGGAUUGGGUCAUAUUCAAACAGCAGCGAAGAUUCCGACUCGGACAGUAGUGAUUCAGAAGGAGUGGAACUGAUGAAGACAGUGUUCCAUAAAGGCACAUCCAGACACAAAUGUGAUUCAAAAUGAUUAUGUGUUUCCACAGGAAACAUUUGUAAUUCAGACUUGAGCUCCUGUUGAAAAGGCAUCUUGAACAUCAUUCAUGCUUAAAUACAGAGCACCGAACAAUUUUUUUUCUGAAUCAGAUGCUAGCAGGCUUGAGAUAUAAAUAAGGGGUUGAAAAUAAGCUCUGGUGAGUAGAAAUAUUUUAUCCGAAGUUUGAAUUUUCACGCCCCAAAGAAUGUAGGUGGUUUGUGAAACCUUCCUGUAUUUAUGCUCUCCACCUAGUCUGCUGUGCAAACCCUUUCCCCGAGUAAACUGGUCUGAAUAAUCAACCUACA